AUGUUCACCCAAGCACAGGUAUUCAUUAACAAUUACAUUGAAUUAUGUAGGGCUUGUUGGUUAAGUAGUGUAUUAAUAAUAGGACAUCGGAACGAGAAAUGAUACGCUGCAGGGUUCGAGCGUGUGUGGACUUUGAUUUUGGCUUGGAAGCCCGAAAAAACCUUGAAGAUUUCGUCAGAAGAGCACACAGACGGUUCAUCACCGCCUUCAAUUCGAAUUUCGCAAUCGGUUAUACGAGAGCUUUGUGUUGCUCUGCUAUUCUUGGAUCCAAUCCCGCGACCAGGCAGUACUCAAAUUAAGCUUGACGUAAACGCAGAGCCUCCGUGGGAUCCUGAUCCAGUUUGCUAA